AUGGCAUCUCUUUUCAACACCCGAUUCAAGAACGUCCUAUCUGCAUACGAGCCGCGAAGGGGUGAAGCAGUCGUGGAAGAUGACAACUCGAAAGAACAUCUCCUUCCAGAUGACGAUUCCGUCUCGUCGCGACCACGCAGCACGACCGGAAGCGCGAUGAGGGUGGCCAUCGCCGGCGUGGUGUUGAUCCUCUGUAGUAUGCUAAGCUUCGCCCUCGGCACUUGGGUUGCAAAACGCCCUACCGAGAGCGCCCAGGGUUCCUAUGAAAACGGAUUCAUCGAAGAGCAGAUCGUCAGUAGAUUCGAGCUACGACAAAUGACUUUUACUGGCGGCAUCGAUUUCACGCCCGAGGGCGAGGAAUUGCUUGCGCCUUCUCGCUACGUUGGAGAGCCGAGUCCCGAAAUUGAUGAGGCUUGGAACGCCAUCAUAGGUGGAGAGUCUCACUACUUUUCCGUUUCCGAGGCUGAGGCUAAAGCGCUUUGGGAUGCCGACUGGGAGAAGUACCGGGAUAGGAUCAGGGGUGGAUGGACAGGAACUCUUGACAUGUUCCACUGUCUACAUUGUCUGAACCAGUUGCGGAAAGCACUGCGUCGCGACUACUACCCUGAAGAGGAACAUCGAGGGAUGGUCCACCAACUACACUGCAUCGACCACUUAAGACAAGUGAUUAUGUGCCAAGCAUGGACGGGCUGGACCCUCGCAGCCUUCUUCGCUUUCACGACAGCGCUUCUCGUCUUCCGGGACAAACUUCACGCGUCCCAUUUUCCCGAGUCCGGGUCAUUUUCUGCCGGAUUCAAGACCGAGUUCGGCCCCGUCAAGCCGUUGAUCAAGGAAGAGCCCGUCAUGUUCUGGGGCGGACCGCGCUGGUACGACAACGGCACCGGCUACAAGCUGCACAACCCAUCCGAGCCUGAGUACGUCGGACCGCCCAAUGACGACAUGGAUGAGGCGUGGGAAACGUUGCUCAAGGGUCGCUACUUCACCAUCACGGACGAAGAGGCCGUAGCCACCUUCGGACCAUCGCAUCAGGUGCAUAACCAUUCCAACGUCGGCUACCUCAUGGGCCUCGAUGUUUACCAUACGCUGCAUUGUGUCGACCAGUUGCGCCGGAUGCUCGACCGCGAGCACUAUUUCGGACCGGGGAAGAUGAAGUAUCCGGAGAGGGGACAUCGCGAUCACUGUCUUGAUCACAUUCGGCAGCAGCUGAUGUGUCACGCUGACCUGACUCCCAUACCUGUCAUUUGGAACUGGGGCGCUUUGCAGAAGUUCAUGCAUACCCGUGCCGACCUCACGGAGGUGUGGGCGGAAAGAAGGGUCAAGCAGCUUAAUGAAGAAGCCGGACGUGAUAGCUGA